CUAGAUUCAUUAUCCCCGCUUCAAUUCCCUACAACUCUUUACAACCAACCUAGUUUCUUACCUACGCGCUGCAAAAUGUCUCUCGAAUCUUUACAAAAGCGCCUUACGACCCUCCAAGAAACAACCUCCCACAUCCAAACGCUCAUAGCUCGACUUGCCUCCUUCAAGUUCCCACCAGGCGCAAUACCUCUUAGCCAAGGGUCUCUAGACACAGUCGCGACCGAGCUAAGCAACGAGAUCCACGACACCCUCAAAGAGCAAAACAAUGAUUUCGAGCUCCUAGAGCAAGAGAUUAAAGACUCCCCCGGCGGCAGAAAAGGAAGCGAUGCCGAGACCAACAAACUACGCCUACUCGAACGAGCCACGAGAACCCAACAAGAGCUGAAGCACGCCCAAUCUGCCUUUCGCAAGGCCCAACUAGCCGCAAAACGCAACCUCGACCUCUCCCGCCGCGCCGAGCGCGAACUCCUCCUACAAUCCCUCGCCGCACCCUCCUCCCCCUCCUCCAAUCAACCCAUUUCCCGCCGCCGCACUCCCGCCCCAGAGCAGACACAAGAUGAGAAGCUCGUCGGUUCCGCAGGGGACGUCACAGCCGCGCUGCGCCAGGUCCACGCCUCGAUGACGAACGAGCUCUCGCGCAGCCAGUUCGCGCACGAUACGCUGAAGGAGAGCGGCGCCGCGCUAGAGCAGCUGGGUGAGAGCUAUACGAGCUUGGAUAGUGUGUUGGCGAGCACGAAGGGGCUACUGGGCAUGCUGCUUAAGAGCCAGAAGAGCGAUACGUGGUACCUCGAGACGGCGUUUUAUGUUCUGUUGGCGACGAUUUCGUGGUUAGUUUUCCGCCGGUUUAUUUACGGACCGGCGUGGUGGCUGGUGUAUUUGCCGCUAAAGAUGUUUUGGAAUGCGUGGAUGGGAGUGUUUACUGUGCUUGGGUUGAGGGGUGCGAGCUCGGCGGUGUCGGUUUCGAGUCAGAGUGUGGGAACGACGAUUAUGCCGGCGAGUGGGACAGUGGCGCAGGCUACGAUGAGUGGGACGGAUGCGCCGCGGGUGGUUAGAGGGGGGAGGGGGAACGCGAAGCCUCCGAAGCCCCCACAGGAGGAUGAUCAAGGCAGGCCGCUUGUAGAUAUUGUUGGGGAGAUGGCGGAGGACACGAGGGCACAAAGAGAGGAGCAGCCACAGGAACCGGCGCAGCCAGAGAGCAAUGAGGGCCAAGCACAAGAGGAGCAGGUGCAACCAAACCCGAAGAAACGGAUGUGGGAUUCGGAGGUGGAGGCGAGGAAGGAAGCGGAAGCAGAGCAGAAGAGGAAGGAUGAAUUGUAGUCUCUUGGUAGUCUAGAAUCAACAAAGCCCAUAUGCAC